CGCCUCCAGGCCUGCAGGUAUUGGCUCAACGUCUCAGUUAGGGAGUUUUAAUUGGAUGCUGAGCUGACAUUUAAAAAUUCCGGAACUAAUACCGCAGCUGUAAACAACCGCAGCGUGUCCUUUGGAGAAACGCAGUACAUGGUUUAAAACCGGUUUGUUUCUACAGACAUGCCGACCUCCCCCGUGAAGACACGGAUUCCGCUGACAAGUUUUGGUCAUCUUAUUAGCGAAGUCAAGAGACAGCUCUUUGGGAUUGAUGCACCAACCCCAACGGAACUGACAGGAUGGAGGAAACAUUUUAACAGCUACACAUUACAAGGACGCAGAAAUUUUGUUCUUGCCACAUAUGGUGUUCUUGCACUCACAGCUGCCGUCUACAUGAUGAGACGCAGCAGGAAGGAAGAACAUGAAACAGCAUCUGCCUCCUCAUAAACUACAAAUGGAAUGUUAAAGGGGGUUAAGAAUACAAUAAACUAUUUAUGAUCACUA